UGAAUUGUGAGUGAGUUUGUGACGAAUGAGUUAUUAUAGUUUUGCUAUAGUGUUUUUAUUAUUUUUUCAUUAAACUUUUUGAGUUUUUUUAAAACAAAUAAUGUAUUGUAAAUUAUUAUUUUGAAAAUAAUCGUUUUGUUGUGUUAUCAAGAAUAUAUUUUAUCAAAAAAGUUCAUCACCAUGGCUCAUGGUUUAAAUACAGUUGUGAUUAAGCGUAAUAAUAAUCAACAUCCAAAAACGGAAGGAGGGAGUACGAAAGGUAUUGGAUCACGUCGAAUAUUUGCACCUCAAUUUAAGUUACAAGUUUUGGAUUCAUAUCGUAAUGAUGCUGAUUGUAAAGGGAAUCAACGGGCUACAGCAAGAAAAUAUGGUAUACAUCGUCGUCAAAUACAAAAAUGGUUACAAGUUGAGACAAAUUUACGAAAUAGUGUCCUAAAAAUUAAAAAUUCAUCGGGCUCGACUAAUGCUACAAGUCCACCCACAUCAUCAACGACAUCAAAUGGGAUUAUAUCAUCAACAUCAGUAGCAAGUCAACAAGUUUUAAAAGUGAAUCCUGAUGUAAAUAAUAUGAAAUGUGUGUCCGAUGUGGCCUUGAGCGUUCACAGACUGCAGGACGACACAAGUCCAAUUGUAUAUUCACAACAACAUAUGAAUAACAGUAGCGAGCAUACACGACAUAUACCGCAUAUGCACGAACAACGUGUACCAUAUAUAAACAUUCCACAAGCACGGAGUCCAAUUGUCUAUUCGCAACAACCAACAAGUGUGAAUACUACAACAACAUUAGUGGUGUCCACCGCACCCGUGCCCGUUUGUAUCAGCCCUGAGGUGCAUCGUGUACCGAGUUCAACUGGAUCCCCGCCAUGCCUCUCUCUGGCAGCUACAACACCAUACAAUCAUCAUGUCUUAAUAGACGAAUCACAAACACGAUGUUUACCUGAUACAAAUACGACAGCGUUAGAUUUUUCAACGCAUGCGUUAAGUCACUAUCGUCAAGAAUAUUUGGAUGAAGAAUCAUAUAUGUAUGAACCCCCCCGCUAUCAUCCAAUUGACCUAAGUGUGAAAAAAUGUUGUUCAUGUCCGUCACCUACAUCCCAAUAUUUGUAUCCACCAUAUCCAGCUCCACCAAGUCUACCCACUCCCACAUACUAUACGCAAGUAUCGCCUGGAGCUGAACUACAUCAUUUACGUACGGACUCCGAAUAUGAAAUAUGGGAUUUAUCAAUGAAGAAUAAACCAAGUCUAAAGCGUAAAAUUGAUGAGGUAGUAACGAGUUCGAAUGAUGAUAAAAAUACAGUUCCACCUCCAGCGAAAAAACCUGUUAAAUUAUUUAAACCCUAUUUGGACGAUGAUGAUUAUUGUUCGUCAAGUAGUAGUUCGGAGGGACGUUCGUCGAUUUCAUCAACAAUCAUGAAAAAUGAAAUACCAUAUGAGGCAAUGUUGAAAAAAGAAGGUGAGAUUAUUUACGAUUAUCGUUACGUUAAUAACAACGUUGAGUAUUACCAUAGCUACGAAUAUUUACCCAGAACCAGUGAUAUCGAAUAUUUUAAUAACAAUAACUUAAAUAUCAAGAGUAAUCAUAAUUAUAAUGAUAACAUUAUUGUACAAACUUCAUCUCCACCACCACCCCCCUCCGCUGUACCAGAACAUGUGAACACCACAAAUAACGUUGGUAGCACAAUUAAACAGCGUCAAAGUUAUAGUCUGAAUUUUAAGUUAAGUGCCAUUGAAUGUUAUUACAACGAUGACACAUGUCGUGGUAAUCAACGGGCUGUUGCCAGUAAAUAUAAAAUACAUCGUCGACAAGUACAAAAAUGGUUGAAACAGGAACAAGAAUUACGUGAUCGUUUUCAAUCAGCUAAUGAAAUUCAAGUUAGCUAAACGUUUUUUAUUUUAAGAUCACCAUUUUGUUUUGUUUUUUAAGAUGGCGUCUUUUUAAUUGUCAUACUCUAUGGUUUUUUUAAUAACAUGCCAUCUAUGUAUGCUAUGUGCAACUUUAAAAAAAAUAACAUAUGUACAUAUUUUUUUAAUUCUUAGAAACAUUUUUUUAAUAAAAACG